ACGACUGCCAAUUGUUUCGAGUUUAGAACAUCAAAAAUUACCAAAAUUCCAACACAAAGAAAUUAUUAACAAAAUUGUAAAUGUUCCCUUUUUCCAAUAGAAAAACUGUAUAAGAAGUGUAAAGAAUUGGCUGUGUUUAAUUGUGAACAGUUUUUGCGCUCAGCAUGACGACCACGCCGAAAGCGCAAAAAGAUAAACCUCAUACCCCCGCCCCGCGGCUUACCCCCCGCCCGACAGCGGCGUCUGCCGCGCGCGCGGCUCGCAACGCUACGAAUAGAAAUCUACUCCUACCCCACGCGCAAAGGCAGUCGCCUAACCGCACGUCGAACUCUCCUGUUUCAGUCAAGGCAAAGAGCCCCGCUGUACGUAAUCCUCCGAGAUGCGACUCCAAAUCUGACAUAAAAAUAAAUCGAAAUUCCGACGAUGGCAUUGACAAUAUUACCGUACCACUCAAACAAGAGCAUGACAGUUAUAUCGUGGAGAACGUGUCGGUUGUAAUAAUGGAAGAAACAUCAAACUAUAGUAACGUUGCAGACUUAGAGGAGCUUAAUGAAACUGACCAUUUUGAUGAUAAAUGUAACGAAGACGAAUGCAUCGAACGAGUAACAGAACAAACUGCACGAAGCAGACCACAUACGCCAGCCUUGAGCAGUCGCCCUCAAACACCAAAAAGUCUGCAGUCCAGUCGUCCUCAGACGCCAAGGAUUCCAAGCCGUCCCACCACCCCGGUGCACCCUCGCCACAGUACGCCGGCUAGUCGCCCCAACACCCCCCAAAGGCUGGCGACCCCCAACAGGCCCACUACGCCUAUUCAUGAAAAAAUUCAGAAUUCAGUCAUUAGUCCACCGAGAUCACCGAUCAAAGAAGACGACGAUAUCAAGUCGGUGUUCUCAAUGAAGCAGAAACAAUUUUUGCGCAUGAAGAAGGAGUUGGAUAUGAAACAACAAGCAGUGCUGGAAGUGUUCGACUGCCUCCGCGGGCUGCGCGAGCGCAUGUGCCAGGAGGGCCUGGGCGGCGGCGAGGGGCUGCAGCAGCAGGAGCUGGUGGUGUUCAACGUGGCCGACUGGGCGGCCGACGAGGUGGCGCAGCUGUGCCGCGACGCCGCCGCCUCGGCCGCCACUGAUGGCGCUGCGGAGCUUAUCAACAAUAUCGUGCCGUUCGAUGAGUGUGCUUUAGCCGAAGUCGAUGCUAAAGUAGCAACCGUUCCAACGCGAUUUGCCGAUUUGUGUCUGCAGGCUUUCACCGCCCGUCAGGAACUCAUCGAUUGGGUUAAAAAUCUCAUAGAGAAAAAUCCGGAAAACAACAGCGAGUCUCUGGAAAAGAUUGCUCGCUACAACGCGCAGGGACUAGAGCUGUGUGACACAUUGCGAGAGCUAAAGAGCUGCGCCGACAGUGUCGUUGAUACUGUCACUCAGCUAUCUAGGCGAGCGUGUCGCGAGCGCAGUGCUCUGGUGGCGGUAGGAGAGUCUCUGGUGCGGGAAAUAGCACACCUUCGACAAGAGCUGGACAUGCGCAUCGCUGCUAUAAACGAGUUGCGGCAAGUCCGGAGUGACAACGAGACCAUCAGAAUGUUGGAGGAAACACGUCGUGAAUUAGAGGAAGAGCGGGCAGCGCGAUUAUCAACGAAGGACAAGUUGUCGACCACCGAGUCGCAGUUACGUCAAACUCGCGUGAGAGUCACCAAAAUGGAUCGACAGCUUCGAGAGGCAGAAGCCAGUAUAGCCAGCCUAACGGGGACUGUGAAGACUUUAGAAGACCAGAGUCGACAGCGUGAAGUGCAACUAGAAGCACGUGCAAGAAAACUAAAAGAAUCUCUAAAAACUGGUGAAGUGGCAAGUGGUCACAUAGCACAGCAACGGGAUGCACUGCAAACAGAGGUGGCUGAACUGAAGGAGCAGAUCGAUACAAUGAUUGCACAGCAUAAGGCUACAGUUCAGGAUUUAACGAAUCAAUUAAAAGACGUAAAGACUGUUCUGGAAGAGCAGAAGCGAAUGACCCAGCAUGAAAUUGACCAGAAACAAGCACUGCAAGUGUCGCUGACAGAAAGCCAGAAUACUAUUGAAGAGCUCAAAGCUAAAAUUACCGAGCUUGAAAAUAGUAGACCAAAUCCUGAGUUACCAACAGAAAGAGAAAUGGAUUUAUGGGCAGAGCUGCAAGCCACGAAAGAUACUCUGCGUAUGACCGAAGACGAAGUGACAGCGUGCAAACGAGAAAAAGUUCGCUUUCUGGAAACAAUGACAAAGAUUACGGAGUCUGAUAACAAGGUAGGUAUGCAGCAAAAGUUAGCAGCCGAACUUCUAAGUAAAGAAGAAAUUGUAGGCAAGAUGCAGAUACAGAUUCGAGAACUGACGAAAAAUAUCAAAUUAAAUGAGCAAAAAGUCGCUCAAUACGAACAAUAUGUGAGAGACUUGCAGGCGCACAACCGUGCUGUAGCUAACUGCCAGGAAGCUCCAAAUGGUAUCAGCUACCAGGAUUUGCAACAGGAGAUAAUGAACCUGAGAAUGAGUUUGCUGGAAGCUGUGCAUCGCAACGAGGAGUUAUCCGAAAUGCUUAUGCAGAAAGAACAGCAGCUGGAGCAACAAGACAAGACAUCACGUGCCCAGGCAAGGGUCAUAAAGGUUCGAGAAGAGCUGAUCAACAUGCUAAAGAACAAGGAGACGGAACAAAGUCGAGAGCUGUCUGCCCUUCAGCAGGAUCUAGAGCAUCGAAUGAACAUUGUAGGCGAAGUGAACAAGCAAAUCGCAGCCAAAGCUGAGGAGAUCCAGGAGCUGUUCGCGACGUUGGAGAAUAAGCAGCAGCAAAUCCACCGGCUGGAGAAGAUUGUGCUGGCGCUGGAGGAGCAGCAGAGACGCGCGCAGGCGCAGCGCACGCGCCACGAGGAGAAGAUCGCCGCGCUCGAGCACGAGCUCGCAGCGGGAGGCAACCGACGGGAGCGGAAAUUUCUGUUUUUCUGAUAUUAUGGAGCACCUAUUUACUCUUGAAAGUGUUGUUUAGGUAAAAUUGUAGUAGUAAAAGUGAAUAAUCAUUGUUGUAUUUUGUCUUUGUGAUGUAUUUUUAUCCAAC